AUGUCUGUUAAAUCUUUCACCAAGGAUUUGUCUUGUGGCAUCGAUGCCCGUUCACUCAAUAACAAUAUUGAAGAGAAAUCUUCUAUUUUUGCGGACUCGAAAUAUACUCAAUUUCAGAAACGAUACUCAACAAAGUCAUGUGUCCAUUCGAGCCAAUUAAAUCUUUUUCAACACAUCAAGUUUUUACCGGCGAUUUUUCUUCUAUAUUUUGGUUCGGUCAAUGCUCUUGAAGAAGGCAUUGGCGCAUCUAAUCUAAUUUCCGAGUCAAUAUUUGACUUCUUGAUCAUUGUUAUUAUUCCAGUGAUCUUAACCACUGAGGUUAAUAGGAAGUUAGAUGAAAGUAAAGCCUUUAUCAAAUUGUUACUUUAUGUUCAUAUAAUUAUCAGCUUGGGAAUCGGUGGUUUAAGAAUUUUGUUCUUGGUCAAGAUCUAUAAAGCUACAGAUGAUUUCUUUUUUAUGAUUUACCUUAUAAUUGAACUCGGCAUACCACUAGUAUUUCUCAUCGUUUUUAUUCUUGUUCGAGAUGCAUUCUAUCCGGUUAUUCUCAACGGUGUUUCAAUCUUUACCAAAAAUUUAGUCUUUCUUUUUCUGGCAGUGGAGAAGGGCUAUGUUGACUCAGAUACUUAUUUAUUUGUGUUACUACCCGUUAUCUUAGCAUUUAUAAUUGGAAUGAUAACAUUCAUGUACAAAAGAAAAGAAGAUGAGAAUACACAUAUCAGUGAUAAACGUAUGAGCCCUCACAAGUUAUUUAGAGCGGACUAUGGAAAAUACAGAAGGCCAAUGUGGACGAUCGAAUUUUGUUGUGAUUUAAUAUUUUGUUUGAUCGCUGCACCCUCUGUAAUUUGGAUCAAGAUGUUUCUCGCGUUGUUAUUCACGUGUUAUACAGUAAAUGACUUUUAUCUGAGGCUAAAGGAAAGAGUAGAACAACGUCAAAAAGUGGAUGCCGAAAAAGCAAAGACAUCAGAGCUAGAAGAGACCAGAAAGGUUGACGAUUAA